CACAUCGUUUCAGGGAGUCCAGGAAUCCGAUCGUGUCGUCGCUGCUGACUGACUGGAGACUCGGACAGGAAGAUGCUGGGGCUGCUGCUGGUGACACUGCCCCUAGCUCUGGCCGCGGAGAGCGAAGUUCUCAACAUCUGCAUGAACGGAACACAUCAGAAGGUGAAGCCUGGUCCUGAAGGCCAACUCUUCAAGCAGUGUGAGCCAUGGAGAGACAAUGCUUGUUGUACAGCCAACACCAGCGUGCACGCACACAAUGACCAGUCGCACCUCUACAACUUCAACUGGAAUCACUGUGGCAUCAUGACGGAGAAAUGUAAACGGCACUUCAUCCAGGACACCUGUUUCUACGAGUGUUCGCCCAACCUGGGCCCCUGGAUCCAACAGGUGAGCUCAUCGUGGCGUGAUGAGCGUAUCCUGUACGUGCCAAUCUGCAAGACGGACUGUGAUGAGUGGUGGCGGGAUUGCCAACAAGAUUACACCUGCAAAGAGGACUGGCACUACGGCUGGGACUGGUCCACAGGCAUCAACCAGUGCCCAGUGGGCUCCGAGUGCCGGCGGUUUGGCGAUGUGUUCCCCACCGCGAGGGACCUGUGUGAGAAGGUGUGGAGCAACUCGUACCGUUGGACAGAUCACCCGCGGGGCAGUGGUCUCUGCAUGUCCCUCUGGUUCAAGGCCGGCCUCAAGCCCAACCCCAACCAGGGCGUGGCACGCCACUACGCCCUGCAGAUGGGCCUCAUCUCCUGCAGCAGCCUGGCCUGGCCCAGCCCCCUGCUGCUAGGCCUCAGCCUGCUCCUCUCCCCCUCCCUCUCCCCCUCCCUCUCCCCC